CGCGAACUCGUUUGAGUUGUAGGUGUUGCCUAAACGUCAUGAUCUGUUAGUUUGGCUAUGAUGUUUUUUGUGAUUUGUGUUUAAGUUCGUGCAGUAAAAGCCAAAGGGGCUUCGCAUGAUUUAGUGCAAGAGAUUUCUGAAUUACACCAUUAUGGAUUUAUUUUGAAUGAUUUAAAUAUUGCCAAAAGAAAAACGGAGAAAGCCAAAACUACCAGAUAUCUAAUCUGCAAAUUAAAAUAUAUAUCAAAGGAAAAUGAUUAGAAAGAAUCCAAAAUAUGAUAUCAGUACCACGGAGACUUUCGAAUCUGAUGUAAAAUGCACAGUUUUCUCUGCAUUUCAGGUGUCAGAAUUCAGGAGGAUUAGCAAUGAGUUAUUCUUGGGAUGGUCUUCUGAUGUGACAGCUGAAAUUUUCAUCUUGAUCGACCAUAUCAAAGCAGGGCUACACUAUGGGUGCAAAAAAUGUAUGGAAAAUAAACAGUGGUCGGAAACUGUUGGGUCUGAUAAAAAAUAUCUGGUCUUCUGUUGUAUGCAUUGUCAAAAAAUAACUCCUUUUGUAUAUGAAUUGUGCAUUAGUCUAAUAAAAAAUGUCCUUCAUAUGCUGCUCCUCCCCUUGGAAAUCGACAUUCUGCAAUUUUCAAUCUAAACCUGGCAACCCUAAAUGUGUGUCAAUUGUUUACCAAUAACUCUAUGUUUUUAGACGCCACCAUAUUCCUUCAUGUUGGAGUAUAGAAGGAUUGGCAUCAUUAAGCGAUGGUUAAUCAGAGCCAAGGAGAGGUCAAAGAAAUCAAGAGCUCCAUUUGUAGUUAUAAAAAGUUACAUAUUAUAAAAAUAUAUGUAUAUUACUUAUAUACGAGUAUAUAAUAUACUCAUGUUCAUAAGUAUUGACACCUGGUGCUUUUGUUCC